AUGACAACGAGAAGAGCUCAUACUAUCGGUCCGCCUAUAGAGUCUCAAUGGCUAGCAACCUCUGGUCCGCCUCACUUGCCAGAAACCGCUGGACUUGAUUCGACACACACACCAUCUUCAGUACUACUGGUGUCGCCCAUCACUGUUGGGAGAAGCCACGAGGAAGAUCAGAUUACGCAGACCUUCGAUGACAUUAUUGAGAAAGCAAGUAGAUUCUGCGAUCACUUGAAAAAUGGAAAGCUAAGUAAGCGUUCCCGAUGGAACAGCGGGGUCGUCAAUAUUCUGGACUUCGGCGGGUCAACCGACCGUCAACUGUACGAGUUUGUGGAUGAAAAAACGGAGCCACCUGAUGAUGAGGCCGUUCUUAGAAGCAUCCCUGAAGAUGUCACACAGCGCCUGAUAAUAAUCGAGGAUCUCUAUUCACGGAUCAUUGCCCUCCUCGUUGCUAAGUUCGGAGUCACCCCGGAGUUCUUUGAGGAACAUCUGUUAAAUUCUGGCUACGCCGGCGCACAAUAUGACGAUUCCAGCUCACAGUCGUGGAGUACAUCUUUCUUGAAUAAAUCUUACGUUUCUAUGAAAUGGUUCCGUCCAGCUUGGAGAUUACCUGUGGCUCCAUUCUCGAAGCAUGACUUGGAAGAUUUGUUGGACUUGGAAGUCUCCAGUCUGAAUUUCCCUGGUGGGAAAUCAAAUGAGACGAGGACCAUUCAAGCAGAAACGAACAUUUUUCGCUCACAAUGGGAUCUUUGGACUGAUUCAAAAACAACUACCCGUGCGAGGCGAAUUUGCGGGUGGGAGGAACGAGCUUCUAUUUGGAAGGGCAAGGCACCAAACGGCAAAUGCGAUCUCGUGAUUUUGUUGCUAGACCCGUUACCCACCUUGAAGAGAACAUCGCAUCGAACGGUGCUCGAAGCUACAACUUUAUCAAGUAGCCAGGCUUCUUCGAACGAAGGGACAGGCUCUCGAGAAUCUGGUAGUCACCGCUCAUUUACUGACCCGGAAAGUGGACAAAGCGAAUUUUCCGGUGCUUCGCAAUCUCUACAUUCAGCAUCUCUGAGGUCAAGGAGACGCCCUGAAAUGAAGCGCUGGUUCAGUCUUGUCCCUCAAUGGUUACUGCAACUGGCAGUGAAGGAUCAGAGAGCCAGACCCGAAGAAGUGAUCAUCGAUCGUGAACUUCCCUCACAGCCAGUUAUUGAGCAGAUUGGCCCAAGAGUCCACCUUGAUUUCGGCCUGGAAGAAGCGUUGCAAUCGCCAAUACUUCUCACAAAAUUACGAAAUCAACUAUUCGAGACAAAAUCUACCCUGAGCAACUUCAAUGACUACCUUGACAAUGGAGAACAUGAGCACGAUGCCCAAUUUGGCACCUUGAGUCCUCUCUUUGGGAUAGUUCGCAAAGACCUGCUUGGAUUUGUGAAGCUAUUGCACAACAUUCUGGACAGCAUAAACUCUGAGAUCUUGGACGAUGCGAAGAUGGAAGACCGGCUCACGAUAUGGAGACAAAUAAUAACCAGGGCUGAGCUUGAGCUACCAGAAAUAAGGGCCUCAAUGGUGGAGUUCUUCAUGUUCCUCCCACAAGCUGGAAGAAUCAACCCAACUACGAAAGCGAACUCUGAAGAGACUUUUGUCGAUAAAGAAUUUCAAGAAUGCUUGACAGAGAUUGACCGGACUCUGGAAAGGCUUCAGACCGUAUCCAGGUCCCUGACUUCCAACAUGGCCCUGCUCGACAGCCGAAGAUCAAUAGCUGAGGCUCAGAAUGUCACACGACUGACCGAGCUAGCCUUCUUGUUCAUCCCUCUGACGUUUGCGGCUACUCUGCUUGGGAUGCAAAUCGAUCAAUUCGAGAACCGGGUGCCUUUAUCCACAUUCAUCCUUCUGGGUGUAUUAUUCACUGGACUCUCUUACGGUGUCAGGUUGACAAUCAGAAGCUUCUGGUUUCGGAUGAUCGUGGAGAGGUCGAAAGAGAGCAUCAAAAUCUAUGCGGAUCGCCAGCAACAGCCGGUUCAGAGAGGCUACGUCCCUACCUCUAUGUUCUUGCGAUGGUUGCUGCAGUCAUCUUGGAUGUGGGCCAAGUCCGCCGUCGCUGGCUUUGGGAUUUCCGUUUGGGCAGUGAUAAGGUUGCUAUGGAGGCUGUUGAUGAUAUCUACCAUCAGACCAUUCACGACGAUUGGUCUCACGUGUGUAUUGCCGUUGACAAUUCUUUGGACCCGAGACUUGGACUACGAGAUCCAGGUGUUCUUUACAAUUGCACUUUUUCUCUCGGUUUCAAUGGUGGUCUUCAUCAUAUUCUGGUGGUAUGCCGGCCCCAAAGAGCAAGAGACAUUUCCCAGACUGUUCAAAAAAGAGUUUGACAGGUUUGUAAAAGGAAAUUCAACGAUGUUCCCAUUGAUUAUUUGGGUAGGAAGUGCUUGUAUCUUCCUAGCGCUGAUUAUCAUCCUCUGGAGAGGGCCAACUUCAUCCGGUAUCAAGGCCUUUUUCACUAUUGCUUUAGUUUUAAGCAUUGUUCUAGGUCUCAUUUGUUUCGCCAUUUAUAAACUAGUAGGGAAUGUUAUAAGUUAUGCUCAAAGCGGUGGCGGGGGGGGAUCUGAGAGUGAAGAUUCCUCUUGA